AUGCUGCCAGGGGUGGUGGCUGGGAACCUUAUCUUCCGCUACCUGCAAAACAGAUCCAGGAUCCAGGUGUGGCUCUAUGAGCAAGUGAACAUGCGGAUAGAAGGCUGCAUUAUUGGCUUUGAUGAAUAUAUGAACUUGGUGCUGGACGAUGCAGAGGAGAUUCACUCAAAGACAAAAUCGAGGAAACAGCUGGGUCGGAUCAUGUUAAAAGGGGACAAUAUCACUCUUCUACAAAGUGUUUCUAACUAG